GUACCAAUCUUUAGCAAAAAGGAAGAGGUUUUUGGAUACUUGGCCAAAUUCUCGGUUCCUGUCAUGCGAUCAGCUUGGAUGAUCAAGAUGACAUGUGCAUAUCAUGCUGCUAUCACAGAGACAAAAGUCAAGAAGAGACAUGUGAUUGAUCCUUGUAUAGAAUGGACCCAGAUUAUUACUAAGUAUCUGUGGGAGCAGCUUCAGAAAGUGGCAGAGUUUUACAGACAGUUUCCCAGUCAGGGCUGCAGCUCCCCGCUUCCAGCCAUGCCGGCUGACGUGGAGACCGCCAUGAAGCAGUGGGAGUACAACGAGAAGCUCGCCAUGUUCAUGUUUCAGGACGGGAUGCUGGACAGACACGAGUUCCUGACAUGGGUGCUGGAGUGUUUCGAGAAGGUUCGACCCGGUGAAGAUGAACUUCUCAGACUUCUUCUGCCCCUCUUACUGCAGUACUCAGGGGAAUUUGUACAGUCUGCUUACUUGUCACGGAGACUGGCUUACUUCUGCACACGUCGCCUCAACCUGUUGCUAAGUGACGGGAGCCUGGGCUCCGGCACAGGCGGGCACCCAGCACACGGCAUCUUGACACAGCAAAGCAACGCCCUGCCCCCCACUCCAACCACCCAGCCAGCUGGAGGGAACCAGCCUCAGACACCUUUCACAGAUUUCUACAUUUGCCCUCAGCACAGGCCCCUGGUGUUCGGCCUCAGCUGCAUGUUACAGAGCAUAGUGCUGUGCUGUCCCAGUGCUUUGGUGUGGCAUUACUCUUUAACAGACAGCAGAAAUAAAACCGGUUCACCUCUGGACCUCCUACCCAUCGCCCCCUCUGGUUUGCCAAUGCCAGGAGGAAAUACUGCCUUUACUCAACAGGUUCGUUCAAAGUUGCGAGAAAUCGAGGAUCAAAUAAAGGAGCGAGGUCAGGCCGUGGAGUUUAGGUGGUCGUUUGAUAAGUGCCAGGAGACAACAGCAGGCUUCACCAUUGGAAGGGUUCUUCACACCCUGGAGGUUUUGGACAACCACAGCUUUGAGAAGUCAGACUUUAACAACUCACUGGAUUCACUGUAUAACAGGAUAUUUGGUUCUGGACAGAGUAAAGAUGGCCACGAGAUGUCACCAGACGACGACGCUGUGGUCACCCUGCUCUGUGAGUGGGCCGUGUGCUGCAAGCGGUCUGGCAGACACAGGGCCAUGGUGGUGGCCAAACUGCUGGAGAAGAGACAGGCUGAGAUAGAAGCAGAGAGGUGCGGUGAGUCGGAGGUGGUGGACGAGAAAGGCUCGGUGUCGUCCGGCUCCCUCUCGGCUGCCACGCUGCCCGUCUUUCAGGACGUACUGCUGCAGUUCCUCGAUACGCAGGCACCAACACUCACGGAGCCUGGAAAUGAAAGUGAGCGAAUAGAGUUCUCCAACCUGGUCCUUCUGUUCUGUGAGCUCAUUCGCCACGACGUCUUUUCCCACAACAUCUACAUGUGCACGCUGAUUUCCCGCGGCGACCUGGCUUCUGACUCCCACCUGCCGCGGCCACGUUCCCCGAGUGACGAGCCCUCCGAUGAAUCGGAGCGCAAAGAGCAGGAUGCAGGCAGCAGUGUCAAAAUGGAGGAUACUGGCCUGUCUGAGUCCAUGGAAAUCGAUCACAACUCCAGUGCUAAUUUUGACGAGAUGUUCUCACCUCCGAUGCACUGUGAGUCCAAGGGGAGCCCCUCCCCCGAGAAGCCCGCUCAGGACCAGGACAGCAAGGCCAGCUGUAAGGACAAGGGCACGGACCCUGCCUUCCCUCAACUGUACGACCAACCGCGACACAUUCAGUAUGCUACUCACUUCCCCAUUCCACAGGAGGAAAGUGCCAGUCAUGAAUGCAACCAGCGUCUAGUCGUCCUCUACGGCGUGGGCAAACUGAGAGAUGAGGCGCGACACACUAUCAAGAAAAUUACAAAAGACAUCUUGAAGGUGCUCAACCGCAAAAGCACAGCAGAAACAGGAGGAGAGGAAGGCCAAAAGAGAAAGAGGAGUAAGCCAGAGGCCUUUCCCACUGCAGAAGACAUCUUCUCUAAAUUCCAGCACCUCUCCCACUUUGAUCAGCACCAAGUCACCUCCCAGGUGUCCAGAAAUGUUCUGGAGCAAAUCACCAGCUUUGCCUUAGGGAUGUCCUACCACCUGCCUCUCGUCCAGCACAUUCAGUUCAUCUUCGACCUCAUGGAGUACUCGCUGAACAUUAGUGGCCUCAUCGACUUUGCUAUUCAGCUUCUGAACGAGUUAAGUCUGGUGGAAGCCGAGCUGCUGCUGAAGUCGUCCAGCCUGGUGGGCAGCUACACUACCAGCUUGUGUCUGUGCAUCGUGGCCGUGCUGAGGAGAUACCACUCCUGUUUUAUUCUCAACCCAGAGCAGACAGCACAAGUUUUUGAUGGGUUACGAAUUGUGGUGAAGUCGGGUGUGAACCCGGCAGACUGCUCCUCUGCUGAACGCUGCAUCUUGGCUUACCUUUAUGACCUCUACACUUCCUGCAAUCACCUCAAAAACAAAUUUGGAGAGAUUUUUAGUGAGUUCUGCUCCAAAGUAAAAAACUCCAUCUACUGCAAUACCGACCCAUCGGAUUCAAACAUGCUUUGGGAUUCUGAAUUCAUGAACGAGGCUAUUGCCAACCCCUCAGCCCACAACUUCAACCACUCUAUGGUGGGCAAAAUCCUCAACGACAGCCCAGCCAACCGCUACAGCUUUGUGUGUAACGUUCUCAUGGAUGUUUGCGUGGACUACAGAGACCCUGAGAGGGUGAAUGAUAUUGGGAUCCUGUGUGCGGAGCUGACGGCAUAUUGUCGCUCCCUAAGCGCCGAGUGGCUCGGCAUUCUCAAAGCUCUUUGCUGCUCCUCUAACAACGGCAACUGUGGCUUCAAUGAUUUGCUGUGUAAUGUAGAUGUUAGUGAUCUGUCCUUCCAUGAUUCCCUGGCGACCUUUGUAGCCAUUCUCAUCGCCAGACAGUGUUUGCUCCUUGAAGACCUGGUUCGCUGUGUGGCCAUUCCCUCACUUCUCAAUGCAGCCUGCAGUGAGCAAGACUCUGAGCCCGGAGCAAGACUCACCUGCAGAAUCCUGUUGCAUCUGUUCAAGACACCGCAGCGUAAUCCUGUGCCACAAGAUGGCGUCAAGUCAGUUGGAAUUCGUUCGUCUUGUGACCGUCACCUUCUUGCUGCAUCGCAGAACAGCAUCGUCGUCGGAGCAGUUUUUGCUGUUCUUAAAGCCGUAUUCAUGCUGGGUGAUGCUGAGCUAAGAGGCUCCGGUCUGUCGCAUCCUUCUGGCCUAGAUGAAAUAUCUGAAGGCCACAACGUCUCCAUAGAAACAGCCAGCCUGGAUGUUUAUGCAAAGUAUGUCCUGAAGACGAUCUGCCAGCAGGAAUGGGUUGGAGAACGGUGCCUGAAGUCUCUCUCGGAGGACAGCAGUGCUCUCCAGGACCCAGUGCUGGUAAACAUUCAAGCCCAACGGCUCCUGCAGCUUAUCUGUUAUCCUCACCGCCAGCUGGAUAGUGAUGACGGUGACAAUCCUCAAAGGCAGCGCAUCAAACGUAUCCUUCAGAAUAUGGACCAAUGGACGAUGAGACAGUCGUCUCUGGAGCUGCAGCUGAUGAUCAAACAGAGCACAAACAAUGAGCUCUACUCUCUCUUGGAGAACAUUGCUAAGGCCACUAUAGAGGUUUUUCAAAAAUCAGCAGAGAUGAACUCCAGUAACCCCUCAGGGAAUGGAGCAGCGGUCCAAGGGGGCUCUGCAUCCAAUACAAACAGCACUACAAGCAAGAUUAAACCUAUUUUAAGCGCUUCAGAGCGAUCAGGUGUUUGGCUGGUGGCUCCACUGAUAGCCAAACUGCCCACGUCAGUUCAGGGCCAUGUGCUGAAGGCAGCUGGGGAGGAACUGGAGAAAGGACAGCACCUCGGCUCUUCCUCUCGCAAAGAAAGGGACCGGCAGAAACAAAAAAGCAUGUCUCUGCUGAGCCAGCAGCCGUUCCUGUCUUUGGUGCUGACCUGCUUAAAGGGACAGGAUGAACAGAGGGAGGGCCUUCUCACCUCCCUUUAUAGCCAAGUGCAGCAGAUCGUCACCAACUGGAGAGAAGAUCAGUACCAGGAUGACUGCAAGGCAAAGCAAAUGAUGCACGAGGCCCUGAAACUACGGCUGAAUCUUGUCGGUGGCAUGUUUGACACGGUGCAGCGGAGCACCCAGCAAACCACUGAGUGGGCGGUUCUGCUCCUCGACAUCAUCAGCAGUGGAACAGUAGACAUGCAGUCCAAUAAUGAGCUCUUCACAACUGUGCUGGACAUGCUAAGUGUGCUAAUAAAUGGCACACUGGCUGCUGACAUGUCCAGUAUUUCUCAGGGCAGCAUGGAGGAGAAUAAGAGAGCUUACAUGAACCUGGUCAAGAAGCUCAGGAAAGAGCUCGGAGAUCGGCAGUCUGAAAGUUUGGAAAAGGUUCGCCAGCUGCUGCCGCUGCCCAAGCAAACACGUGACGUCAUUACCUGCGAACCUCAAGGCUCACUAAUAGAUACAAAGGGUAACAAGAUUGCAGGCUUUGAGAAGGAGGGUCUUCAAGUGUCAACCAAACAAAAGAUUUCUCCGUGGGACGUCUUCGAGGGUCUAAAACACUCUGCGCCCCUUUCCUGGGGCUGGUUUGGAACCGUGCGCGUAGAUCGAAAGAUUGCCAAGUUUGAGGAGCAGCAGCGUUUCCUGCUUUACCACACCCACCUGAAGCCCAAACCUCGCAGCUAUUACCUGGAGCCUCUCCCCCUGCCCCCUGAGGAAGAUGAGCCUCUGACCCCUCUCCCCAAGGAGCCAGAGAACAUCAUAACGGAGGCAGUGAAAGUGGAGAAGAAGCCUUCCGAGUCGAACAAGAAAAAGAAAAAGGAAAGUAUUCCAAGGAAAAAGAAAUCUUCAUCUACCAACACAGAGGACCCUCGUGUCACCCACUCGAUUAAUAUGGGGCCUGAACUGGGGAACCCAUAUGGUGGCAGGGCACCCCCCUACAACGCACAGUCCAUGGUCAUGCACACUCAGAACCAACCCCUGCCUCCAGGUGGUCCAGGUUUAGAGCCUCCGUGCAGACCUGGCCGUAUCACUCAGAUGAACAAAAUGUCCCUUCGACCCAACUAUCCACCCAUCAUGGGUGGUUUGGCAGUGCAUGACAAGCCGUACCAAACGCCCUACAAGCCCACCAUGCCUCAGGGCCAGAACCCGCGGCAGCUGUUAAGUUUCAGACUGCAGAAUCAGGGGCAGAUCAGACAAAUGCCACACAACCAAACAUACUCUGCAAUGCCAGCACACCAGGGCUAUACCACGUAUGCAACCAUGCAGCCGCAUCCUUCCCAAGGUGGUAGUAUAGCUCCCUCCCUCUAUGGAAACACAAAUAUACCGAGCACCCAUCCUGGACCCAACCCAGCUGUGAUGGAUCCUCUGAGGCCAAUGCACCAGAGGCCCAGUGGUUACGUCCACCAGCAGGCUCCAGGCUAUGCACACAACAUGCCAAACACACAAAGGUUUACCCACCAGCCCCUCAAUCAGAAUCCUGUCAUUCAUGGACUCAGCCACAUGGGACCUCAGGGGGUCUAUCCAGGCUUGAGGCCCAAUCAGAUGCUGGCAGAUCAACAACAGCAACAGCAGCAACAGCAACAAGCAGCACAGCAACAGCAAUUUUACCUCAGACAAGCAGCACUCAGACAGCAACAGGCUCAAGUUCAGCAACAACAGCAACAACAACAGCAACAACAGCAGCAGCAGCAGCAACAAGUUCAGCAGCAACAGGUUGCUCCUCAACAGCAGGUUCCACAGCAGCAGCAGCAGCAGGUUUCAGCUGUUCCCCCUCCAGGACAAACGCAGAACCAGGGCCUGAACAUGCAGCCACUGCCCCCCCAGCAACCCAUGUUUCCCCGACAGGGAAUGCAGCAGACUCAGCAGCAGCAACAAACUGCAGCUCUGGUCAGGCAGCUGCAACAACAACUUUCAAAUUCACAGCCAGGACAGGGCGCUGCACCUUAUUAUUGAUUGUGUUUGUUUAUAGUCAUGUGGGACGGCCACCAUCUGUAGAUCAUGUUGAAGGUGGAAGACAUAAAGGACCACCAAACCGUGAUCAUAAUUAAUCAAACUUUGACCAUAAUUAAUUUAAAAAAAUACUAAGACUUCAGAUGUGUAAUUUUGGAUUGGUAGGAGAGAGGACCUGAUUUGAAGUAAACAUGUAGUUGUUAAUCUUGGAAAAUGUUUAAAACAAAAAAAC